AUGGAAAACAUAACUAACGAACCAAAAGUGCAUUUUGUUCUAGUACAUGGUGCAUGCCAUGGAGCCUGGUGUUGGUAUAAGCUCAUUCCCCUUCUUAAAGCCGCUGGCCACCGUGUUUCGGCCUUAGAUCUCUCUGCUGCUGGCACCAACACCAAAGAAAUACAAGAAGUCAUCACAUUUGCCGACUAUACUGCCCCGUUGCUUGAAUUUAUGGCAGCCCUUCCCCCGGAAGAGCAGGUUGUGCUUGUUGGCCAUAGCGUUGGUGGUUUAAGCAUUGCUCUUGCCAUGCAAACGUUCCCGACUAAGAUCUCUCUCGCUAUCUUUGUCACUGCCUUAAUGCCGGAUACCACAAAUAGGCCUUCUUACGUUUUCGACCAGUGGAACGCAAGUAUUCCGCCAGCAGAUUGGCUUGACACAACUUUCACUCCUUAUACGAACGACGCAGGCCAAUCCGACAUCAUGAUGCUUUUCGGGGAACAAUUCUUGACCUUGAAUAUGUAUCAACUUAGCCCUAAACAGGAUCUUGAAUUAGUGAAAAUAUUGGAAAGGCCAAUACCAUUGUUUGUAAAUGACCUACCUACGGCACAACCAUACACAGAAGAAGCGUACGGUUCUGUGAAGCGCGCUUUCGUCCUUUGUGACGACGAUAGAACCAUCAAACUAGAGUUCCAAAAAUGGAUGAUCGAGAAUUAUCCGGUGGCGGUGAAGAGAGAGUUGAAACAUGUGGAUCAUAUGCCUAUGAUAGGCGACCCAAAGCAGCUCAGUGCCUGCCUCCUUGACAUAAUUUCCUGCGAUUAG